CCCCGCAGCUCCCGCCGCGGCGCGCGAGGAGCUCUCCAGCAGAGCUCGCUUCACCGAGGGGGCAGCCGAGGAGCGCGGCUUUGUCGCAUCCCGCGGCCGGGAAGGCGCAUCGCGGCCGAGCAACGGAGCCGCCCGGGCCGGGGCAGCCCACCGCGCCUCGCCUGGGUCCUUCCCGCCGGGCCUGGGCCCCCGCAGGCGGCGCUGCCCACGGGGUGCCCUAGGGGGACCCCGCGGCUGCUGCCGGCCGCGGCGGGGCUGCGAGCGGGGGCAAUAGCGAAGCCUUCUCCUUCUUCUGGUCGUCGUCUUUUCUGAGGAAAUCUCUGCUCCGAGCCCCCCGGCAGCGCAGAGGACAGCACAUCCUCUGGCCGCGUCCUUCCAGCGUGAAGUCGUGCUGGUGAGAGGCAGCGCACAAUGAAGUCUGGGAUGGGUUCGGUCCAGGUUUGUCAGCACUGGCUGACAGAGCUGGAGAUCUUCACUAUGAUCUUUGCAGCUGCCAUCCAUGACUAUGAACACACUGGAACCACCAACAACUUUCAUAUCCAGACACGGUCAGACUCAGCCGUUCUAUAUAAUGACCGGUCUGUGCUUGAAAAUCACCGCGUUAGUGCAGCGUAUCGUCUUUUGCAAGAUGAUGAAGAGAUGAAUAUUUUAUCUAAUCUCUCAAAGGAUGACUGGAGGUAAAAAUGAGCAUGGUGGCUGCCUAGGGACCUUGCAGUAUCGCCACGGACCGUUACUGCCUUGUUUGAAUGGCAAUAUGCAUUAUUGUAUAUUACACAUUGGUAUUUGUAUUGCUACCAAAAAAAAAGCUUUAGAAGGAGUUUGUCUUGCUUAUUUCUGCUUUCAGUUUUCACCUCUGGUAGUGAGACCAUACUUGGUGACGAUGGAUUAUAAUAGGAAAUUGACUCCCCUCGAAUUUCUAAGUCUGACAGAGACACCCUUCAUACAGAUCCAUUUGUAACGGAGUGUAGAGCUAGCCUGCUGUUUGUCCAUCCUGAAGCAUAAAUGUAACCUUUAUCUACUUUGACACUCCAUGCCUAGAAAUUAUAAAUGAGUCUUAAUGCAAAAAAGAACCCAGUCCAAAGAGCAUAAAUCAGUGUACUGUAUAUGCCAAGGUGAUGUAAGAAGCUGUAAUUUGAAAUAAGCUUCAUGCGACGUAUGAUUUCUGUGCCAAAAUCAGCCCAUGAUUUGCUUUCUAAUAGCAGACAGUUCAAACUGAUGAGAGCUUUCUGUUUUUAUGGGUGUUUUGAACUCCAGGGGGUGGUACUUUAAAAAUAACCCAAUGUGCUAGACAGGAAGAAUCCUGCUCCGUGGGUCUUUCUCAUGGGAGAGGAAGCAACUUGUGGGAUCUUACGUGAUGCAUGGUGCCUCCUGCAUAGGCUUAAUUGUGACACAGUGCUGAGCAGGCAGUUCAUUGGUUUUUUAAUAUUAACGUGGGGAAAUGAGCCCUUCUCUGGGGCCUGGCUUUUAGCAAGCUGGUCAGUGAAGGCUCUGCUUUAGCCUGAAGUUCCUGUUUAUUUUAACUUGUGGACAGUGAUGUGAUCCUAUAUCUGAACACCAGGAAUACAACUCGGGAAUUUGCAUGGCUGAUUUCAAUCAAUGUGAGGGUUGUGGAGGAGUGGCCUGAGAAAUUCUUUCCCCCAGUAUAGAAAAUAGUCUCAUGGUGGGCAGCAAGCAGGAACGGAAAAAAAAAAAAAAAAUCUGCAUUGAGGUGUUAAAAAUCUAGUUUAUUUUUUUAGCUACAGCUGGUAAUGCCUUGUCAAAUACUGGCAGCAAAUUACUGCUUCCUUUUAUGUUGGUGGGCGAAAAGCAAAGAACUAACUGACUAGAAAGAGCAGCCCUAGAGCCACUGUCUGCUGGGAGCAGCGGAGCAGCUCAUUGAGCGUGCUUCACUGU